GUGAGCUCCAGAAUCCCGGGGGGUGGGGGCGGAGGACAGUGGAGCUGGGGACCCGGCCUCCUGGGCUCCGGCCCCUGGGCGUCCAGCGUUCCCCUAGCUCGCGGCCCUGGCUCCUGUCCUCACUUCCUUCCCCUUUUGGCUCCUGCUUUCGGAGCGGGCGGACGCGGGGGGGAGCGGAAAGGGCGGGAGGGCCCAGGAGCCCCGCGGAAGGGGAUACAGGGGGGUACGGAAAAGCCCGGGAGGGGACUCGAUCCGGGGACUCGGUCGGGGACUGGAGACAGACGGGAACAGCGGCCCGGGACCCACGCUGUCCCCACCCCUCCCGAGCAGGCGCCCCCAUGGCCCGACCCCGCUGAUUGCUUCACUCGGCCAUGCUCCCGCGGCCCCUGCGGCUGCUUUUGGACACGAGCCCCCCCGGGGGAGUCGUGCUGAGCAGCUUCCGAAGCCGAGACCCCGAAGAGGGUGGGGGCCCAGAUGGCCGGGUCGUGGGCGGGGGGCAGGAGAAAGAGGAGGAGGAGGAAGAAGAGGCCCCUGUGUCUGUCUGGGAUGAGGAGGAGGAUGGUGCCACGUUUACUGUCACAAGCCGCCAAUAUCGGCCUCUUGAUCCCUUGGCCCCCAUGCCUCCCCCGCGUUCCUCCCGACGGCUCCGGGCUGGCACUCUGGAGGCCCUGGUUAGACACCUUCUGGAUACCCGGACAUCAGGGGCUGACGUGACCUUCGCGGCAGCCUUCCUGGCCACCCACCGGGCCUUCACCUCCACACCUGCCCUGCUAGGGCUUAUGGCUGACAGGCUGGAAGCCCUUGAAUCUCAUCCUGCUGAUGAACGAGAGAGGACAACAGGGGUAGCCAUCUCUGUACUGUCAACCUGGCUGGCCUCUCACCCUGAGGAUUUUGGCUCUGAGGUCAAGGUUCAGCUUGACCGGCUUGAGAGCUUCUUACUUCGGACAGGGUAUGCAGCAGGGGAGGGUGUUGGGGGGGGCAGCGCUGACCUCAUCCGCAAUCUCCGGUCCCGGGUGGACCCCCAGGCCCCCGACCUUCCUAAGUCCCUGGCCCUCCCCGGCGAUCCCCCUGCUGACCCCACGGAUGUCCUGGUGUUCCUCGCUGACCACUUGGCCGAACAGCUGACCCUGCUAGAUGCGGAGCUGUUUCUCAAUCUGGUCCCCUCUCAGUGCCUGGGGGGCCUAUGGGGACACAGAGACCGGCCAGGACAUUCCCACCUCUGCCCAUCUGUCCGAGCUACUGUCACACAGUUCAACAAGGUGGCAGGGGCAGUGGUUAGCUCCGUCCUGGGGGCUACCCCAACUGGAGAGGGGCCUGGGGAGGUGACCGUACGGCCACUCUGUCCCCCCCAGAGGGCCCGGCUCCUGGAGAAGUGGAUCCGAGUGGCAGAGGAGUGCCGGCUGCUCCGAAACUUCUCUUCGGUUUAUGCUGUCGUGUCGGCCCUGCAGUCCAGCCCCAUCCACAGGCUCCGGGCAGCCUGGGGGGAAGCCACCAGGGACAGCCUCAGAGUCUUUUCCAGCCUCUGCCAGAUUUUCUCUGAGGAGGAUAAUUAUUCCCAGAGCCGAGAGCUGCUCCUGCAGGAGGUGAAGCUGCAGCCCCCUGUGGAGCCACAAUCCAAGAAGGCCCCGAGGUCUGGCUCCCGGGGUGGGGGUGUGGUCCCAUACCUCGGCACCUUCCUGAAGGACCUCGUGAUGCUGGACGCAGCCUCCAAGGAUGAGCUGGAGAAUGGAUACAUCAAUUUCGACAAGCGGAGGAAGGAGUUUGCUGUCCUUUCUGAGUUGCAACGGCUCCAGAAUGAAUGUCGUGGCUAUGACCUCCGACCUGACCAUGAUAUCCAACAGUGGCUACAGGGGCUCCAGCCACUGACAGAGGCCCAGAGCCACCGUGUGUCCUGUGAAGUGGAGCCACCUGGUACCAGUGACCCUCCUGCCCCAAGGGUGCUUCGGCCAACACUGGUCAUCUCACAGUGGACAGACGUUCUGGGCUCUGUUGGGGGCCCCACCCCCUUGGUGUCCUGGGACAGGCCCAGUAUGGGGGGAGAUGAGAUGCCUGGAACCCCUGCUCCUCUGCUGACCCGCCUGGCUCAGCACAUGAAGUGGCCGUCUGUCUCGUCGCUCGACUGUGCCCUGGAAAGCAGUCCAUCGCUGCACAGUCCAGCUGACCCCAGCUACCUCUCUCCCCCAGCCUCCUCCCCUAGGCCUUCUCGAGGUCACCGCAGAUCAGCUUCCUGUGGCUCCCCACUGAGUGGGGGUUCAGGAGAAGGGACCUCCAGGGGCACUGGAUAUGGGGGAGGGGGAUCUGGGCCAGGGGCCUCUGAUUGCCGAAUCAUCCGAGUCCAGAUGGAGCUGGGGGAAGAUGGCAGUGUCUAUAAGAGCAUCUUGGUGACAAGCCAGGACAAGGCUCCAAGUGUCAUCAGUCGUGUCCUUAAGAAAAACAAUCGUGACUCUGCAGUGGCUUCGGAGUAUGAGCUGGUACAGCUACUACCAGGGGACCGAGAGCUGACUAUCCCACCCUCGGCCAAUGUCUUCUAUGCCAUGGAUGGGGCCUCACACGAUUUCCUCCUGCGGCAGCGGCGAAGGCCCUCUACUGCUACACCAGGCCUCACCAGUGGCCCCUCUGCCUCAGGAACUCCUCCGAGUGAGGGGGGAGGAGGCUCCUUUCCCAGGAUCAAGGCCACAGGGAGGAAGAUUGCACGGGCACUGUUCUGAGGAGGAGCCCCUGUUGGCUUACAGAAGUCAUGGUGUUCAUACCCGAUGUGGGUAGCCAUCCUGAAUGGUGGCAGUUAUGUCACAUUGGGACAGAAAUUUAGAAAGGUGGCUGCCACCCUGGGGCAGUGAAGUGCCAUUGGUUUACCAGACAGCUGAGAAAUCCAGCCCUAUGGGAACUGGUAAUCUUGUAACCAAGUUGGAUACCAGUGUACAGCUCCCCCCUCCCAUGAGUGCAGCACACACCUAGUGCUGGAAAAAGGCAUCAGUUUCUGAUUCCUGGCCACAUCCUAGCGAAGGGCCAAGGAAAGGCCUAGAAGUUGCAGGGUGGGGAGGAGAGGGGAGGAGGGCCUAAAGUCUCUGAGCCCCAGGGUAGAGGGGGAUGGCAAGAAAUAGGUUCUAGCAGUUCCUUUUCCCACUCUGGGUGUUUCUAUCACUGUGACAACACUAAGAUAAUAAACCAAAACACUACCUGAAUUC